UGCGCGGGGGCGCGCGCGCGGGCCCGGGAGAGGCUCCCGAGCUAGGCGGUCCUCGGUCCUCGCGCCGCUUCCAGGUCCUCGCGCCGCUUCCAGCUCCCCGCGCCCCUAUGUGAGGGAGACUGGGAGGCCCGCGGCGCGCAGGGGAGGGCGAGGCAUGUGCACGGGCCGGAGGGUGCUGCAGCCGCCCGAGGAAGAGGAGGACGGCGGCGAGGAGGAGAGCGGGGGGCUCGCGGCGGCGGGCCCGGGCCGAGGGGAUGCAGUGGACUGUGUGUGUCUGGCUGUAGCAGACGCGAGGCGGCGACGAGGCGCCGGGGACCCGCGCGAGGGGCGGCCGGGAGGCGGCGGCGGCGGUGGCCGCCAGAAGUAGCAGCAGGACCGGCGGCGGCGACGGCAGCCCUGAAAUGCAUUUUCCUCUCCAGCGGCCAUGUUAACCAGGAAACCUUCGGCCGCCGCUCCCGCCGCCUACCCGACCGGCCGAGGUGGGGACAGCGCCGUUCGUCAGCUUCAGGCUUCCCCGGGGCUCGGUGCGGGGGCCACCCGGAGCGGAGUAGGGACCGGCCCGCCCUCCCCCAUCGCCCUGCCGCCUCUCCGGGCCAGCAACGCUGCCGCCGCAGCCCACACGAUUGGCGGCAGUAAGCACACAAUGAAUGAUCACCUGCAUGUCGGCAGCCACGCUCACGGACAGAUCCAGGUUCAACAGCUGUUUGAGGAUAACAGUAACAAGCGGACAGUGCUCACGACACAACCAAAUGGGCUUACAACAGUGGGCAAAACGGGCUUGCCAGUGGUGCCAGAGCGGCAGCUGGACAGCAUUCAUAGACGGCAGGGGAGCUCCACCUCUCUAAAGUCCAUGGAAGGCAUGGGGAAGUUGAAAGCCACUCCCAUGACACCUGAACAAGCAAUGAAGCAAUACAUGCAAAAACUCACAGCCUUCGAACACCAUGAGAUUUUCAGCUACCCUGAAAUAUAUUUCUUGGGUCUAAAUGCUAAGAAGCGCCAGGGCAUGACAGGUGGGCCCAACAAUGGUGGCUAUGAUGAUGACCAGGGAUCAUAUGUGCAGGUGCCCCACGAUCAUGUGGCUUACAGGUAUGAGGUCCUCAAGGUCAUUGGGAAGGGGAGCUUUGGGCAGGUGGUCAAGGCCUACGAUCACAAAGUCCACCAGCACGUUGCCCUAAAGAUGGUGCGGAAUGAGAAACGCUUCCACCGGCAAGCAGCGGAGGAGAUCCGAAUCCUGGAACACCUGCGGAAGCAGGACAAGGAUAACACAAUGAAUGUCAUCCAUAUGCUGGAGAAUUUCACCUUCCGCAACCACAUCUGCAUGACGUUUGAGCUGCUGAGCAUGAACCUCUAUGAGCUCAUCAAGAAGAAUAAAUUCCAGGGCUUCAGCCUGCCUUUGGUUCGCAAAUUUGCCCACUCGAUUCUGCAGUGCUUGGAUGCUUUGCACAAAAACAGAAUAAUUCACUGUGACCUUAAGCCCGAGAACAUUUUGUUAAAGCAGCAGGGUAGAAGCGGUAUUAAAGUAAUUGAUUUUGGCUCCAGUUGUUACGAGCAUCAGCGUGUCUACACGUACAUCCAGUCGCGUUUUUACCGGGCUCCAGAAGUGAUCCUUGGGGCCAGGUAUGGCAUGCCCAUUGAUAUGUGGAGCCUGGGCUGCAUUUUAGCAGAGCUCCUGACGGGUUACCCCCUCUUGCCUGGGGAAGAUGAAGGGGACCAGCUGGCCUGUAUGAUUGAACUGUUGGGCAUGCCCUCGCAGAAACUGCUGGAUGCAUCCAAACGAGCCAAAAAUUUUGUGAGCUCCAAGGGUUAUCCCCGUUACUGCACUGUCACAACUCUCUCAGAUGGCUCUGUGGUCCUCAACGGAGGCCGUUCCCGGAGGGGGAAACUGAGGGGCCCACCGGAGAGCAGAGAGUGGGGGAACGCGCUGAAGGGGUGUGACGAUCCCCUUUUCCUUGACUUCUUAAAACAGUGUUUAGAGUGGGAUCCUGCAGUGCGCAUGACCCCAGGCCAGGCUUUGCGGCACCCCUGGCUGAGGAGGCGGUUGCCAAAGCCUCCCACUGGGGAGAAGACGUCAGUGAAAAGGAUAACUGAGAGCACCGGUGCUAUCACAUCUAUAUCCAAGUUACCUCCACCUUCCAGCUCAGCUUCCAAACUGAGGACUAAUUUGGCGCAGAUGACAGAUGCCAAUGGGAAUAUUCAGCAGAGGACAGUGUUGCCAAAACUCGUUAGCUGAGCUUAUGUCCCCUGAUGCUGGUAACCUGAAAGAUACGACAUUGCUGAGCCUUAUUGGGUUGAAAAGGAGUAGCUCAGACCUGUUGUUAUUUGCUCAAUAACUCUACUCAUUUGUAUCUUUUCAGCACUUAAUUUUAAUGUAAGAAAGUUGUUCAUUUUGUUUUUAUAAAAUACAUGAGGACAAUGCUUUAAGUUUUUAUACUUUCAGAAACUUUUUGUGUUCUAAAAGUACAGUGAGCCUUACUGUAUUUAGUGUGGCAGAAUAAUAACAUCAGUGGCAGGCCACUGAUUACUUCAUGACUGCCACGCAUUUACAGAUUGGUGUCAAAGACAUUCACUAUGUUUUUAUGGUUCAUGUUAUAUCCUCCCCAGGGUGACAGCCCCUUAAGGCCCUCCUUUUCCCUCCAUGCUCCAGGUCCAUGCACAGGUGUAGCAUGUCCUGCUUCCGUUUUUCAUAAAUUAAUCUGGGUGUUGGGGGUAGUGGGAGGAGAAUGGUCAGAAUGAAAGUGAUACUCUAAGAAAAACUGUACCUUAGAGAUUUUUCUCUAGUGCUCAAACAAAUACAAAAUAAGAUCCCCAAGGUUUAAACUGCCCAGUUAGCAUUCUGACAUUCUAAAAGCCGGCAAAGCAGCUUUUAGUGGAUAAAUGGAAAUGGAAACGUGUGUGUUCCUCCACAUUUUCUAGUAUGAUCGGUGAGCUGUUUUGUAAAGAAGCCUCAUAUUACAGAGUUGCUUUUGCACCUAAAUUUAGAAUUGUAUUCCAUGAACUGUUCCUCCCUUUUCUCUACUUUUCUCCUCUCUGUUCCUCUUUUAAUACCACACAUCUGUUGCUUGCAUUUAGUUUGUCGUCUUCCUUCAACUGUGUAUCCCAGACUGUUAAUACAGAAAAGAGACAUUUCAGCUGUGAUUAUGACCAUUGUUUCAUAUUCCAAUUAAAAAAAGAACGGCAGCCUAGCUACUUAAGGUGGGGAUUUCCAUAGUUCCAAAGAAGAUUUAGCAGAUUAGAGUGAGUUCACACUUUUCAGGUGCCACUGUAAGGUUCUCUCAGCCUGGGAAACUAUCAACUCUUUCUUUAAAAAGAAAGAGGGUUGAAAAUCCUCUUGACGAACAGAAGUCACUUUGGCUGUUCAGUAAGGCCAAUGUUAACAACACGUUUAGAGGAGGAAAAGUUCAACCUCAAGUUAAAUGGUUUGACUUAUUCUUCGUAUCAUUAGAAGAACCCCAGAGAUAGCAUUCCUCUAUUUUAUUUUACUUUCUUUUGGAUUGCACUGAUUGUUUUUGUGGGAAUGACACUUUAUCUGGCAAAGUAACUGAGAGUUUGGUAAAAGAAUAUUUUCUUCUCUGAAUAAUAGUUAUUUUCACAGUGAAAAUUUCAGUAUUUUAUCACUAAUGUAUGAGCAAUGAUCUAUAUCAAUUUCAAGGCACGUGAAAAAAAUUUUUUAGUAUGUGCAAUUUAAUAUAGAAAGAUUUCUGCCUGUUUGGACAAUAGGUUUUGGGUAGUACAGAUGAGGAUAAGUAAGCUUAUAUAUGCACAGAGAUUAUUGUAUUACCUGUAAAUUGAUUUACAAGUACUUAAAAGCAUGGUCCCCAGUGAGGCCAAGAAAGUUUCCGGUUAAGUUCUUUAGUAAGAAUCCUACAGUUUAUCUUAAGAAAAAAAAAAAAAAGGUUUGAAAAAAACACUUUAAUUUAGGCUUCGUUGGUUGAUGGUGGGAAAAAAAUGCUCAGGAACUAUUUCAGAUAUUUGCCAAAAAACCAGUAAUAAGGUUAGCUUAUUAAAAUAGUGAUAGAUAUUUGCUUUACUAUUUAAGGUGUCACUGAUAAAUUAAUUUGUACUUCUGUCUGUUUAGAAAUUAUAGCUUCUUUUCCCUUAGUCAAAUUCUUUAGCAUAUUAUACACAUUUCUGUGUAAUCUGUGGAAGUGCAAUAAUAUGUUAGUAAGUUACAUUUUAAAUAAUGCUCAUGUGACAAUACUCCCAAUCAAUGGCUUAUAGAAUUUAAAGAUCUGUGUAUUAGAUUUUGGCUUAAAGGCAUGAGAAGUAUAAGACUUGGUUUGGCGGCUUUGUAAGACCACCAGCCUCUUAAUGAUGGUUAGCUUCUUUAGGUCAUUAAAUCAAUAAAAAACAUAUAAUGCUGUUUUUCUCUUCUAAUGCUCCUCUUCCAUUUCCAGUUAUCUUUACAUUUACAUUUAAAUAUACAAACCUGAGCCUGCCGUUAUUAAUUUCCCUAUAAAAUGAUGAUACAUGUGAAAAUUUAUAAAUGGACUAAUAUUGCUUAUAUUUCCCCCACCGCACAAAACUGGUUCUUAAGAUGCCAGCAAUGAAUUUGGGACUAUCUUUAUUUAUAAAUGGAAACCGGAAACUUUUAUACCAAACUAUAAUAAUGUGCAGCACUGUGGGGCUUUUUUUUUUCCUCCAAAUACAGUGAAAUUUUUUUAUUCACAAGAGCUGCCACAUUUCAGCAUUUAGUGAUAGAGCUGCUUUAAUAAAAUUCUAGUUUGAUUGUCAUGUCAAAAAAAAAUGUUGCAUCUUUGUGAUUUUAAAACAUAAAUUAAUGAAGGGCUCUGAUAGGCUAUUAGGAGUUGGCUUGGAAACAGUUUUUGGUCUCACAGGUUACCAUUGUCUGGGGAUGUCUGAGCUGUUUUCAGAUUUAGGAAUAACACAGUGUUGUCUUGUCUUUGGCAGUCUCAUUUGGCUCUGUUUCUUGCACCACCAGUGUGUUCAUUACCACUUAAAUAUAUUGCUACAGCAGUGGAACAACUGAGUGGUGCAAGACACUGUAGAUUAACAGUAGAGGAGAAAUUGUGCCCUUAGUGUUAACAAUGUGCCUUUUGUUCUGAAUGCCAUAUUGUAGGGCAUGCAUUUUUUGGCCUCUUUAACUCUUCGAAUACUAGUCAGUAAGGAUGGAACCCAUCUCUGCAAAGAUACAUCUGUCUUAAAUAUCUAGUUACAGGCCUUAAUAGAAACCAUAAGGCAUGACUCAUCUUCAGGCACUGAAAAAAGAUAACCAUCAGGUAGUGUUACACAAGGACUUCCUAUGUUUAAGGGGUUAAAGAUGGUCUUUGUUGUAUCUUAACAUCAGACUGAUUUUUACAUUUUUUUUUUGUUAUGCUAACACUAGACAAAAAUCAACUGUAUUUGUAAAAAUUUACCUCAAACCAUUUAAUUUUAUAGUGUGAUUAAUCCCAGGGCAUUUGGUAUGAACCAAAGUGCAUUCCUUUUAUAUGUGCCUGGCUCUAGUAAGGAUGGCCAGGGAUUUUUACAAUUUGGGUGCAAGGCACUUAAGCCACUUUUAAACUUAAUGGGUGGUUUGGGGUCGUGUUAAAUGACUCCAUCAGAAUGUUAGAAAACACUUUAGGCAUCAGUAGCAUUGGGCCAUAUUGGAAUCCUAAAGUGUGAAUUAUUUUAAGGAGAGCAUUCAUUUUUGUAAUUUUUUUCAUCAAAAAUAUUUCUGGUAAGCAGAAGACUUUUUAAAAAAACUGAUCUGGUCUCGGUAAAGGUUUUAAUAUUGCCCAAUAUAAUGCUGUAAUAGCAUUUAAAAAAGUAUUUGUGAACUCUUUGUUUCUUAGGGGCUUGUACAUCUCUCUGCUAUGGACAUACAUAAAAUUAAUUGUAAUUAUACUCAGCUCAACUGCUACAGUUAAUGUCUAGGCAGUGGCUUGGGUUUUUAUCGAGCAACAACUUAGACACGUGACUGUAAUAUGCUGCAACUGUGUGUACUGAAAAUAUGUGAAAUGGUUGAAUGUGGACUGUGUAUAUAUGUAUGUAAAAAAUUCUGUGAGAUGCUGCUGUCGCCACUUAACAUUAAAUAUGUUCUAGUGGAUUUUAAUCCUAGUGGCCAGUUCUAUGAUACUGUAUGUAUUAUACAGCUGAUGACAGGAGUAAGACUGUUUAGUGAAUAUUUGUUAAAUUUUAUUGUUGUGGCCAGAGAUAAUUUCAGAAUAAAAUUUUAAUGUCCUACCUUA